AUGUCUGCCUUUGUUGGGAAAUAUACCGCUGAUUUAUUAAAGAAGGCGAAGUACAUGGCGACGCCGGGGAAGGGAAUUCUUGCCGCCGACGAUAGCACCGGGACCAUCGGCAAACGACUCUCCAGCAUCAACGUUGAGAACACCGAGACCAACUGCCAGGCCCUCCGCCAGCUCCUCUUCAGCACCGCCGACGCCCUCCCUUUCCUCUCCGGCGUCAUCCUCGUCGAGGAGACCCUGUUCCAGUCCACCCUCGAUGGCCAGCCCUUCGUGGACCUCCUCAAUGGCUCCUGUGUCAUCCCCGGAAUCAUGGUCGACGAGGGCAUCGUGGAGCUGGCCGGCACCGCAGACGAGACCACCAUGCAGGGCCUCGACGGCUUCGCCGCCAUCUGCGCCAAGUACUAA